GCUAUUUCCUAGUUAUUUCUUUGCGCAUGGAUUGCAACUCACCGAAAGGCCACCAUUACAUAAUAUUCUGCAUACUACUUGAUUAGACAAUGGUCAUUUACGACCGUGUUCACUAGCGCUCAAGCGCUCACUGCUCACUGUUCCGUGUUACAUGCAUCGAUACUUUUGAAUGUCUGCUUCCAACACUCAUGACACGUCUACAUUGUUGUUGAAGAUAUCAUCUCUGCAGGCCGAACUUUCACACCUCCAACACCGGUAUGAUGCCCUACUUGCCGCCAAAGAGCGUGCCGCCGAGAGGUACAAGACCGACUACAAAAAGUGGCGAACUGUCAAGCAGUGGCUUUGCAAGAGUUCCGAUUGUGGCAAGGAGGUGCAUCCGUUACUGAAGGAUAGUAACUAUGAUGUCUAUCGGAGAGCCUCUAGUAUCGACAAACGACGCAAAUUUGAAGAAAUAGGUCCGGACUUGAGUGCGUUUGACGAGGAGGAGAAGCAAACGUCCAAGACGUCUUCUGAUGCUAUGGGCGGGCAGCAGGAGGUACCAUCAACUCUCCACGCUUCGCGUAGAGAAACGACAAUCUCAACGCAAGUUGGGAUGCGGUCUGCCACUCCGUUCAAACCCCCGUUCCCGAUACACGAACACUCUACUGACGAAGAACUAGCAGCCGGCACGUCUGUCUUACAGAGUACCACCUUGCGUCGAGAUCCACCCAAGAGACGCGGGAGAUAUGCCCAGGCUACUGAUGCGACCACUAUCAAUUCACGCUUCACUAUAAGCAAAGAACGCAAUCACGGCGUGGACUUUCAGUACGAUGAAGUGGUCAAGAGCCGCGAGGGGCGAAAACAGAUGCUUGCUGACGAUUGUGAAUGUUGUCGUAGUUACUAUGAAGGCGUUGGACCACUGCCCAAACCUCUCCAGAAACCACUUUGGCGUUCACCCUCUUCAACACCUACUAAGAAACGUCGAUUAUCCUUUGACAGCCUCUCAGACUGUAAGGAAAACCGCGAAGGUAUCGAACACCACAAGAAAGAGAUAUCACGACAUCGGCACCAUUGGUAUCGUGCCAAGACACCACCCGGCUACUGGGACAUCGGUUUCCCUGAUACGCAAGAGACAAGCGACAUCAACCGACGUGCCGCAGAGAUGUAUGCACAGAAAUUGGUAGAGGUUGAAAACGAAGCACGGAGUGGCAAGGGAAGAUAUGUCGAACGGAUAGCAUGAGUAUAUAAUAUUCCUGGCAGGGCCAUCAGGUGAUAUCAUAGAUAUUUGUCCUCGGGACGAUACGAAGAACUUGACCCGAUAUCACAUCACGCAAGGCGGAAUGGAUCACAAUAUCUUCCUCAUAGUUCAACUGCCUUCCAUGUUAGGAUUUAAUUCUGUCGACGACAUCAGGGAGGCACACCAAUUAAGCAUCGCGAUCACAAGAAAGUAUGACUGACCCCAAAACCUCAAACGUCUACGCAAUCGCCCUUGGUUCCACUCAUAGAAGGUUACCUAGGU